CCGAAGCAAGCUAAUCUUAGUAAUCCUUUGAUCGAUCAAUCUGAUACCAUUGAGGAAAAAUGAGUGUAACUUCUGGGCUUCCUUUUCCCCUUCUUUCUAUAGUUUUCUUAACAACUGCUGCUUUCUUCACCAGCAAUGUAAAUCAUGUUCUUGGAAGAAAUGAUCAUCACCGCAUCAAUAUCAAACGUUUGAAGGAUAAAGUGCUUCAAAAGCAUCAACUUCCUUCAAACUCAUCAUAUGUAUAAUUAAUUGAUUAUUUCCGAUUUUUUUUUUUAAUUGAACUGCCUUCAAUUAUCGGGUAAUUAACUCUUUUUGUUUGUGUAAUUAAUUAUUUCGGGUGCAGGGUGGAGAAAGCGCACGGGUGUAUCACGUGACAUCAUACGGUGCAGACCCGGCCGGCAAAAAUGAUAGCACAGAUGCGAUUCUGAGAGCAAUAAAAGAUGCGACGUCCGCCGCCCCGAGUGGAUUCCUUUUCGACGGGAUUCAGAAUCUCGGCGGCGCAAGGGUUGAUCUUGAUGGCGGGGUUUAUCUUAUCAGCCGCCCGCUUCAGCUCCCGACCGCCGGACUAGGAAAUCUCGUGAUAUCCGGAGGAACACUGAAGGCGUCAAACAACUUUCCGGGGAACCAAUAUCUAAUCGACUUAUCGGAUCCGCAAUCCGGCAAAGGCAAAUUACAGUACAAUUUUGGCUUCAUAACAUUAAGAGAUCUGUUUCUGGAUUCCAACUACAGGGGAGGAGGCAUUCAACUGGUCAAGUCACUCAGGAUCUUUGUUGACAACUGUUACAUUACUCAUUUCACAACAAAAGGGAUUUCAGUCGACGGCGGUAGCGAGACUUACAUAAAAAAUUCAUUCCUCGGCCAACACAUCACCGCCGGCGGCGAUCACGGUGAGCGGCAUUUCACCGGGACGGCGAUAGAUUUGUGGGGAGACGGUAAUGCGGUGACGGACGUCGUGAUUUUCUCGGCCGCCGUCGGAAUCAAGAUCGCCGGCCAAGGAAACGUGUUGACCGGCGUGCAUUGUUACAAUAAGGCCGCCGGAUUCGGCGGCACCGGAGUUUACAUGAACCUCCCCGGAGCAACCCAUACGAGGAUAGUGAAUUCCUACUUCGAUUACACCGGGAUAGUCGCCGAGGACCCUGUCCAGCUUCAUAUCUCCGGCUGCUUUUUCUACGGAGGUGCUUUUAUCAGCUUCAAGCCCGUCAACGGGGUGAUCCGCGGGGUCAACGUAGUGGACAACAUAUUCAGCGGAACAAACAAAAACACAGAUAUUGUUAAGCUGGAUGGGGGAUUUAAGCAGGUUGACCAAGUGCAGGUUGAUAGAAAUACCGUUGACCAUGGAAUGAAGCUUAAAUCUACAAUUGGAAGGGGAAGUAUCAGUGGCAAUAAAAGUACUUGGGAUGUGGAUCUCAGAUCCACUCUUCUCUUCCCAAACCUCAUUAAACGUGUGGAUUACACCUUUAUUCCGGCAGAUAAUUCCUUCCCUAGGCAUGCCUUGAGAAGUAUCUCCAAUAAUCAUGUUGUUAUUGAGUCGGACAUGAUGGUUGAAGCUCGAGUUCUGGUCAUGGCUGAUCAAGGAAUGUCAUAUUAACUCAGAUGCAUAGAUUCGUUUUAAAAUGUGA